AAACCCACGAACGCUAAGAGCAGCAUAGCCAGAAAUGAAAAUACUUUGAUGCUGAAGUAGACUUGAACCGAUACUGUGAGCACGAUGUCGACUGGACUUCUUCUGCUUCUCUGUCUGACGGGUUAUGUGUUUGCCAAAGAACCGCCUGAUGUGGACUGUUUGGUGGUGCAUCUGAAAUAUGUUAGUUGUUCCUGGAAUAAGCAGGGGGCGCCAGAGAUCAAUUACACCUUCCAGAGCAAGUUCAACACUGAUAAAGAAUUCCGUAACUGUACCACCUACAUGUCAGAGAACAGCGUUAACAUUGGAUGUGACCAGCCCUAUGAGGGGCGAUCCAAAAGGUUCAUCGAUUUUAGCACAAAACUGGCACAUGGCAACAAGACCUAUACGAAGCAUCACCAUCUGAAAGACAAAGUCCAGUUAUAUCCACCAGUAAACCUGACUGUCGAGAAUGGAACUGACUUUAACCUGUGGUUUUACUGGAACCAGACUUAUUCAGGGUGUGUUGAGAGUGAGGUUCGCUUCAGGACCAACAAUAAGAAGUGGGAGAGUAAUAGAAUCAUCACCGGGAGACAGAAUUUCUGCAUCAACUUGCCCUCCAGCAGUUCCCAGUAUGAGCUGCAAGUGCGAAGCAGAAUAGGGAGCAACUGUGGAGAGUCUUUAUUCUGGAGUAACUGGAGCGAGCCUGUGGUUUGGGGAUCCAACAACAGCACAGACACUAAUCAGAUAAAUAUGUCUGUAUGGACUCCAUUCCUGUAUGUGGUGGGUGCUUUCACCCUUGUCCUACUGGUCACGAUGUUGCUGCAUCAUGAAAGGCUGAGAAUCAUCCCCAUCCCUGUUCCCAAGCCAUCCCCAGUCUUUAACGACAUCGAGGAUUGGCUUCAAUUCUCCAAAGGCCUGAAAGGGAAUUUUAAGGCUAACUACAAUGAGCAUGCCUGUCCUGUCCGUGAGUACUGCCCGGUCUCCGAGUCCGACAGCGAGAGCUCUGACGGCUCUACCUUCUCUGUCACCACCGACCAAACCGACUGCUCCAUCCCUGGGAACGAAUCAGAAGACCAGUCUACCCCUUGCUCCUCUUCCACCUCUGCAAUUCUUGUCUCAUCUCAGGAGUAGCAACAGCCUCUCAGUCAGGCCUGGGUUUACCAAAGCAAUCCAGAAAUACUUAUAGUGAUAGACACAUCUCCUGCAUGACUGCAAGGGUCAGAAAAUAAUCUAUGGUCUUAUAGCUCCCCUUACGAGAAGAAACCGGAUAUCUGCUUGAGGCACUCGAAAGCAGUCAAUUAAAUUAAAGCUAUUAGUGGUUAAGGACACCAACCACCAAAUGCAGCAGAUACAGAUAAAAAAGAAGACAACGGAAACUCAAAACAAUGUAAAAUCUCCCUAAAAUUCAUAUGUCUGUCUUGCUUAUGAGAUGAUAACUUUGGAGAAGUACACAUAUUAAUGUACUGGAUCUUAAGGUUAAUGUUUAAGGAUUUGUGCCUUACUAUACUCAUGAGGAAUGUAAAUGUUUCUUAAAAACUGUUAUCAGCCCAAAACUACACUUUUCAUAUAGUUAAUCUUUUGUAAUAUAUUAUCUAAUUAAACACAUAACAAAGUGUACAACCAAAUAGACUAGUUUAUAUACUGACCAGAAUAUGAUAUCAACUUUACAGACUCUGGUACUGCCCAACUCAAGAACAAAGUUUGAAUAUUUACGAUUGCGUCCCAUAUGACCUUGACUCUCUGAGUUUGACAACUUCAGGAAAACAUUUCAGUUCAUUUCAACAGUGUGUGGAGAAAAUGACUUGUUCAAGGUGCAUUUGUUUUUUUUGUUUGUUUUGUAAUGUAAAGAAGAACUGUGUUAGCAGUUGCAGUUAAUAAGUUACAGUUAUUGUGAGUGAGUGUUAGUUUCAAAAAGUAUUGGGUGAUAACUAAAUAUAUAUUUUUUGACAAAAUAUCUUGUUGGUUAUGUGGUUUAUUUUAGAUAUUUACUGUGAACUAUGAUAAAAGAAGUUAUAAAAAUUAAUUUAAAAAACAGUGUAGAUAACAGCCAAGAAACCAACAUUCACUGUUAACUCACUAAGUGAGUCAAAUUCAUAUAAUACUUUCUAAUAAGGUACCUAAACUUAUAAACUCUUAGCUUUGUUAAUACUUGGAAAUAUUUUACUAAUGGUUAAAAAAAAAAAAAUUAUUGAUUAAAAAAACACUUACUAAUGCUAUAUGUGUACCUUUGUGGUAGUCAAGUCUAUAAAGUUCCUUUGGCUAGUCUUUAUCUUUCUCCAAUAUGACACUUGUUUUCUCUUUUUAGCUAGCUAGAAAAGGUUGCAGAGCAUCUAGUGCAAAAUCUAUUUUUAACAUUUAUUAAGAUUUAUAACUGUAAAGUUGGCUUACUGGACUACUGUAUUAAUAACUCUAUUAUUACCAAAUACAAAGGUUAAGCACCAGCCAAUGGAAUUUUUCACAACCUGGCAACCGAAAAGUGUGUUCUUAUCAAGGUCUUCCAACUGCUCUAUAAUGCAUAAUAAAAUUAAUAACCCCUGUAAUAAAAGGUGUCUUAUUAGAAAGUGACACCACAUUACAAUAUCUAUAUGGUCAUGUUGAUAUAUACACCAGUAUCACAAUAGUACAUCCCAGCCACACCACUUUUGUUUUAUAUUCCUAUCAUUUUGAAUGUUACCUAUCUAAAUAUCUUUGAAUGUACUUUUAAAUUUUGGUUUUUAAUAUUGUAACCUACUUGCAUUUUAGUGUUUGUUUCCUACAUUGUGUAUAACUGACUCAGCUGUAAUGUCCUAGCUGUAUUUUUCCCUGCCUGUUUGAAAAAUAAAAAAUAUAUGUCUA